CAGAUAACAGUAUAAGCAACAUUGCUCUGUUGUUGUAACAUUGCUCACAGCUCUUUUUUUUAGCAACAUCACUCACAGUUUUAGCCGCAUUGCCUACAGUUUUUACACACAGAGCAAGCGCCCUCGUUUAUGUUUUAUUUUUUCGUGUUAUAAUUAAUAAAAAUAAACAAUUAGUAUAGUGUUAACGUGUUGCCAUACAAAUCAAUAUAGCGCCGCAGCUAACAAACAAAAUGGGAGAGCAACCGAUUUUCACUUGCCAGGCGCACGUGUUUCAUAUUGAUCCAAAGACGAAACGCACAUGGAUCACGGCCAGCAUGAAGGCGGUCAAUGUGAGCUUCUUCUAUGACAUCUCUCGGAAUUUAUAUCGCAUCAUUAGCGUGGAGGGCACCAAGGCGGUCAUCAAUUCAACAAUAACGCCCAGCAUGACAUUCACACAGACAUCCCAAAAGUUUGGACAAUGGAGCGAUGUGCGCGCCAAUACGGUGUACGGACUGGGCUUCUCCUCUGAGGCGGAACUGACAAAGUUUGUGGAAAAAUUCCAGGAGGUCAAAGAGGCCACCAAGAAUGCCAUGAAAUCUGCGAAUGGAUCGAAUGCAGUGACGCCCACCACCUCGGCAAAUACAUCUCCGAUAUCGGGACGUGCCGUGGGCGCCAUGCAAAAUGACAAUACCAACAUCGAUCCUCAUACCGUUGAACCGCCGAAUUUAAGUAAUACCAAUACACAGAAUGCCAAUCCCGAUAGUCCCUCCCACAAGCUAUUGAACACUAGCGAUGGCAAGCAGGAUAUUGGAUCGGCAACGCCUUCGCCACAGCCAACGAUGGGCAUGGUUGCUGGCACAGCAACCCUGGCUGGCAGCGGUGGUGGCGGUGGCAGUGGCGGAGGCGGUGGUGGUGGUAUUACAAUCUCUUCUGGUGGCAGCAUUGUGGGCAUGCAUACUGGACCAGGAGCGGGCGCAACGGCCGAGCAGCAGCUCAAAUAUGAAAACGAACGUCUGAAAAUGGCACUGGCGCAGAGCUGCGCCAAUGCCAAGAAGUGGGAAAUUGAGUUGGCCACGUUGAAGAACAAUAACAUACGCCUGACCAGCGCCUUACAGGAAUCGACAGCUAAUGUCGACGAAUGGAAGCGCCAGCUGCAUACCUACAAGGAGGAGAACAUACGCCUCAAGCGAGAAAUGGAACUGAUGCGUGUUGGCGGCGGUGGUGGUGGCUCCGCAGCUGGCGGCGCCUCAGAAGAUGAACUGCGUCGCGAGGUGGCUGCGUUGAAGGCGCGCACAGAGACGCUGCAGGCGGAAUUGCUGCAACACGAAAUAGAGCUUAAAACGGCCAAUAUGAGCUUACGUGAAAAGUGCAAUGAUCAAACUCUGGCAAAGAUGAGUGAACUGAAUGUCCUGUUUUCCAAGAGUCUGUCGGAGCUGUAUGCGGUGCAAAAGGAUAUGGAGAAUGUUAUACAUCCUGCCAAGUGCACUUGAGACGCCGAGCUGGGUGCACACAGAAAGGUUUCAGCGCAGGAACAGACUACAAUGGCAACCACUAUAACAUCAACAACGACAACAUCGACAACAACUAGCAAACGCUAUUUAAGCAAUUUUCUAACGGCCGACGCCGAGAGCACGCUGUCCAAUGUCACCUCCAUACAUACACAGCUGCAAUCGUCGUCGCACUACGAAACUCAAAACACGGCACAGCUGCAAGCGUUAGAUAAACACUCGUCGCUACUGCAGGAGCUGCAUCAGCGGCAGCUGCAGGCCGCUGCAAUGUCGCGACCAAACUCCGCUGUCACUGAUGCAGCCGCCUCCAGUGGGGCUGCCGGAGGCACCAAAACUGCCACCAUACUCGUUUCUAAAUCAAAAACCAAAACUGGGCUGCCCCUGUUGCUGAAGAAUUCCAUUAACAAUUAGGGAAAAAGAGAAAAAAAAAACAAAAAACCAA